UCGGCCGAUGAGGCUUGGCCCGAAGGUUACAUGGCAGCGAAAAUUCAGAAGCUGGAACUACAAUUCCAAGCAGAUUCGCGGCAAUUCGAGCAGAAAAGUGAAAUAUUCAAAGGUGUAGCAAUCCACGUCAACGGUUACACGCAGCCCUCUUCGGACGAGCUGCGACGUCUCAUAGGAAUCCACGGCGGACAUUUCCUGAAUUACUUCCAGAGAGGUACGAAUCACUACGUAAUCUGCUGCAAUUUAUCCAAGGCAAAGAAAGCGGACUGGUUGAGGUUCGCGGUCAGGCCCGACUGGAUAGUGGACUCCAUUAGUGCGGGACAUCGCUUGCCGGUCGCGGAUUACUAUCUAGAGAAGAAGCGAACCGUCUUCGAUGUGCAAACAGAAGUUCCUUCGACGUCGUCGGGAGCGGUCAAGUGCCCGACGAUAUCCGAUCUCGUCAUCGGCAAAGACGCCGAUGGACCACCGGCUGAAUACAAGAUGCCGACGAAAAACGAAGAGCCCCGAACGGCGUCCGACGCCGGCUUCGUCGAAAAGUUCUUCAGGCAUAGCCGUUUAUCUUUCAUAGCAACAAUGAAAGUCAAAAUGCAAGAGUACCUCAAAACACUGAAAGAGAAUCCAGACCAUCAAUUCACGGGGAAAGCUCUUCUGAGCAGGGACAGUCAAAGCGAAGAAGUCAUGGACUCUUCUGUCUAUCUGCACAUCGAUAUGGAUUGUUUUUUCGCGUCGGUAGCGGUACGCGGUCGGCCAGAGCUUCGAGACAAACCCGUUGCGAUCUGCAGUAAUCAGAAAGCGAAGCGCAAGAAUCAAGAUCCCAACCUCGAUCUGACCGAUUACCGAAACUGGAACUGGCAGGAUGCUUCCACGGCGGAAAUCUCUUGUGUAAAUUACGCUGCUCGUCAGUUCGGCAUCCACGCGAGCAUGUUCCUCGGAAUGGCGCAGGCUUUGUGUCCGGACCUGAUUGUCCUGCCUUACGAUUUUGAGGGUUUCGAAGAGGUGUCCAAAUGUUUAUACGAUACGGUUGCUUCGUUGACGCUUAAUAUCGAAGCACAAAGCGUAGACGAAUUGUACGCGGACGUAACCGAUGUAAUUCAAGAAAUUCAAUGCACUCCCGAGGCGAUCGGCCGAUAUCUCAGAGAGACGAUCCUCGAAGCUAGCGGCUGCACUUGUACCGUGGGUAUGGGUCCGAACCUUUUGAUCGCGAGACUCGCCACGAAAAAAGCCAAACCGAACGGACUCUGCUACAUCAGACAAGACGAAGUGCCCGACUUCAUGGCGGACAAAAAAGUCUCUGAAAUACCCGGGGUCGGGGGCUCCACCGAGGAGAAGCUCCGAGAACUCGGAGUAACCAAAUGCGUCGAGUUGCAGCAAGUCAACAUGUCGGAACUCAAAGAGCUCUUCGGUGCGAACCAAGCUGUAAAAAUCGUGGAACUCUCGAGAGGCAUCUGCACCCGCAAGAUCAAGGAUAGCGUCGACGUGCAACGGAAGAACAUUUCGGUGGAAAUAAAUUACGGUAUGCGAUUCAAAGACGUUUCGGAAGUCAAGAAUUGCCUCGAGGAACUUUCNNCCGAGUCCCAUAAACGCCUAGUGAACGCCAGCUCAGCGGCGGAAAACCUCAGAUUCAGAGUACUCGUUCGACGGCCUGAUGCGCCUGAGGAGACGAUGAAGUACUUGGGGUGCGGCCGAUGCAAUCAGAUGGCCUUGUCCGAAUCGUUCAAAGUACCCAUGUCGUGCAAGAAAGCGAUCUCGAAAUGCGUAUGGAGUCUCUUCGAAAAGCUUAAUCCCCCCAUCAAGGACAUCCGGGGCAUGGGUAUUACGUUGUCAAAGUUCACUCCUUUAAAAGAUGUCCCGAAGAUCACAAGACUUGACGCGUUUCUGGACAAACUCAGUCGAGUCGAAGUCUCCACUGCCCCCGAGAACGAAGAUAGGAGCGUCGCCCAAGACUCGUCGACGCCAAACAUAGAGGAUCUAGAAGUUUACGUCUUCUCGAGCGAAGACGAGCCUGACGACAUCACGAUGUUGGAACUGGACGACCCGGUGCCAGCUGUGAAAAAUGUUCUGAAGAAAACCUCCCAGCCGAGCAAACAGAGUAAGAAGGUUAUCGGCAAGAAAGGGAACCAGAACUGGAAGAAGACUUCCACCAAGGGUCAGCUCGAUAUCCGGAAGGUAAUCGAAUUCGGCAAAGAACUCCGAGGAGAAAAACUCGUUCCACUGCGAAAAAGGUGAGCAAUGCAUCUGACUGGGUAAGCUCAUCGAAUCUCAGAGGGGAACCUCAUAGUGAAUGAAACGCCUUCUUUUCAGAAAAUUUCGUUCGGACCAAAGAAACUUUUCCAUCUGAACAAGCUCUUGAGAGAAUGGGUGACGAGCGGGAGCGCUCCAUCAGCGGAGGACGUCGAGGCCUGGCUCGAGGCCUUCAAAAAAGUUGUUCUCGUAGACCCAAGAUCGUGUACAAUCCUUCUACGAACAUUCAUUCGUCUCGCCCCAGACGAUUGGUCGGAAUGUGUUAACAGCGUUCGGAAGCAAUUGCAGACUUUCGUCGAUCUCAAAAUCCAGUCGGGCGAAUUGUCCAUCGCUCUGUGA